AUGGCUGGAAAUAUUUCGAUUAUUUUGAACCCCCCAAACAUUAGUAUCAAUAUAGACUUUGUCACCGUCGAGAAGCAAACCGGGGAGGAGAAGGGGGAGGAGGAGGACGAGGGCACUGACGAAGAAAAUGGAGGAGCAGAGAUUAGUCCAGAAGCAUCAUCGUUGCCUAAGCUGACCCCUUGGGCAUUGCGAUAUGGAGCAAGCUUCGACGCUAACAGCGGCUGGACGCCUAUAUCUAUCUACUUCCCAUGCCAUAGCAACGAAUUAACGCCAGAAGAGCUGACAGAGUUGGAGAAAAUCAAGGAUAUGGAAGCAUUUCAGCGGCGGAGCUUGAAUGGUUUAACAACGAUGCAGUUAGUGGACCUAGAUGCUAUCAGUACAAGACCCCUAAAGGCUCCAAACCUUGCAAAUGCAAUCCACCCUAUCAUCAGGCUAGAUAGAUGGGAGAAAACAUUGCACCCAGCUUUUACACGGCAAUCGCUGUAUCCCAUCGGGGGCGACCAUGAGGGUGAUUGGAUAGCCAGCAAUCCUGUGGUAUAUAGCGCCUUCGAACCGGUGAUGCAGCUUGUCAGUAGAAUACUCCUGAAUGUACAGAUGACCCCUUGGUUUGAUGCUUUUAUGCUAGGUGAAAAGCGUGCUAUCCCGAAGGACAGGAUACCAGCGGACGUUAGUAACAAUGACCCUUACCCCGAUAUGGAGUACAUGUCAUUCCACUGCCGUCCAGGCCCCAUGACACAAGAGCGUCAGGACCAGAGUGAAAUUAUAAGGGAUGGCUUUUUUUCAACCCUUGCGAACCAGUUUGAUCUCUUUUUAGGCUUUUUCCCGAGGGACAUAGACCCUAGAGACGGUCUACGUGAUUCGUACGGGCAUGGGUUGACCAUUUUUGAGACACCAGAACACAAAGAUGACAGUUUCAUAAGUAUAUGGCUAUGCAUUAACGAUGUGGAAGGCCUAUUGGACUCAACGAUCAAUGAUAGUGAACGGUUGGGGAUGCAGUGGUUCAUAGCUAAUACCAUGGUGCACGAGUUCAUGCACGCGAUUUGGUUCGCUAUGUGGGGAACAGAGAGAGAUUUUAAUGUGAAAUUUCCGCCAGACGACCCUUAUUUCGAAGACGAACCAAUUGCAGAAGCCGGCUUCUCAAUGGAGCAGGCAAUGUUCGGGGGCACUGCCAACACGAUGCCCGACAAACCUGGAACCACUCACUUCGGCCACUGGAUUGAACAUUGGCCCAAUAUAGAGAGUAUAGCGUUAUCCAGCGGAGUAGUUAUGUUGAGUCCGGCCCUGCAGGCCACCCGCGUGGUAUAUCCUGUUCGUGUUUCAUUUUAUGAGGAGAUACACCAGGAGGAAUUCUGGGACAUAGGUGUAAGACAAUUUGGGUUCCACCUAUUCAAUAAUCGAAAUUUGCGAGUCGGAAUCCGCCAGGAACUCGAUGUCACGUGGACGGGUGAACGAGAACCUGAUAUUUUUGAUGCAGAUUCGGCACCAGAAAUGGUCGCUAGCUUUCGAAUUCUUUCCCGGGAACUUUUGCAGGCUGAGCUUCUGGGCUUGUCUCCGCUACAGCGAAAGGCUCAGCUACUUGCGCGGAGCUUUCUUCAGAGCACCAUAAUCGAGAAUUCCUUCUUGCAGCACUCAGAACAAGCAGCGACCAAUAUGAGGCAUAUCAUGGCAGAGGCAAGCACACAAGGGCAGUAUGGUAACAUUAUGGCUCAACAAAAAAGGUACAUUAUGGAAGCUUUAAAAUCGCAUGGUAUUGCCGCGAAGUCUUUGGCCAACUUGCAGAAAGCAAAUGGUACGCUAUAUCCAGACCGACGCCAUAAUCUACUGCACUGGAAUAAAGGCAUGCGGACCUAUCUCAACGAAGUAGAAAAUAUAAUGAGAGCCAACACCCCAGCAGCCACACCCGAGAGGCCGCUGAGGGAAGAGUUAUCAAUGCUGGAGCGUUGCCGGAUGUCGAUAGUUUGUCCGCCUGACAGUGAAAUUCCGAUUGAAGAAAUAGAAGACAAGAGGUUGGGGCCAGCUUUUCACGCAAACACAGUUGGGAAUAAACUCCUAUGUCUGCAGCUCUGUUCGGACAUAACACAAGAACCUAGCUGCACUUUGCUUGAUGCCUGUUUAGCUCGCCUCCUGGCCGCAGCCGUAAACUCUAGCAUAUCCAAAGCAACUCGGAAAAAUGACGUGGCUCUGAGUAUCGAUGAACUCAGGCGACUGAUGGGGUCGCAUCCAGAGUUAGCCUGCCCGCACCCUUGGAUUGAGGUUCUUGAUAGAUGGAUUGUAGUAGCAGAGGCUGUCUGGAUGGGAAUCCUAAAAAUCAGAAGCAAGUCGCCACAUCACACAAAGCGGUGA